AUGACAUCACCAGCUGAUAAGGCAAAUCAUUUAAAAGUUAAAACAGAUUUAGUUAGAAGAACAUUUAAUUUCCCAGAUACCGAAAAUGUUAUUCAAGAUUAUUCAUGUGCUUUAAAUAAAGUAACAUUAGGAAAGUUAUAUAUUACAGAAAAUUAUUUAUCAUUUAUAGCAUCGAUUGGUAGUACAACUGAAGUUAUUCCAUUAAGAAAAAUCCUUGAUAUGAAAAAAGAUACUACUUUAUUUGUAAAUAAUGCAAUAACAUUUCAAACUUCAACACAAACUUUAUCAUUUGGAACUUUUUCACACAGAGAUGAAGCAUUUACAUUAAUUCAUCAUCUUUGGAAAUGCCCACCUCUUAUUUAUAACCCAAAUUCAGUUGAUAGCGAACUUAAGGAGGGUAAUUUGUUUAAAGGACAACAACAACAACAACAGCAAAUGAAUAAAAAAUCAUCAAGAGUCGACACAGAAUCAACUAAAAUGGCAUUAAGAUUAGCAGUAGAGACUAAAGAAACAGGUAUUUCAACUUUAAACGAACUUAGUUAUCAAGCCGAAGUUAUUGAUAAUAUUGAAAGAAAUGUAGAGAAUAUUCAUGCUAAUUUAGAUAGAUCCGAUCGUUUAUUAAAGGGUAUAGAGUCAUUUGGUGGGGCUAUUUCAAAUUCUUUUAAUAAAGAAAAACCAAGUAACAGACCAGAAUUUGAACCAAUCGAUAGAACACUUCAAGUUCGUCCAAGAGAUGAACCACCUGCAGAAAUUGAUAUUUUAGAAAAAUUAUCAAACGACAGUUUAGUACCAGGUUUUAUUCAAAUUCACAAUGAUAGAUUUAUUGUAUUAGAUGCCAAUAAAAAACAAAAAGUUGAUGGUAUGUCCACCUAUACCUUUGAUUUAAUCGAAUAUUUAGUUAUUAGAGCAAGACCCCAACAUAUGGAUUUCAGAUUCUUUGGUAACAAACAUCCAAGAUUCAGAUUAGCAAGUAGUUAUAUUCAAAAUAUUGUAAAUGAAAUCGUUUUAAGAUCAAAUGGUAAAUAUGGUAAAGCACCAAAGGUUAUUUUCGAACCAGGAAUUAAAGAAUUUGUUUAUGGUAAUCCAACUAUUCGUUUCAUUCCAUCAGCUGGUAGAGCCAAUCAACAAUCAUCAUUAUUUACUAGAGCCUCCACAUUAGGUAUUAGCCAUUUCGUUAAAGAUGCUCCAGAAGAUAUUAAAGGUGCCCUUUUAGAACAAGAUAAAGAUUUAGAUGAAAUUUCAAACCUUUUAGGUGAUAUUUCAAACAUUGCUAGAACUAUUGGUGAUGAAGCUGAUCGUUCAUCUGAACAAUUAGAUAGAAUAACAGUUAGAGUUGAUCAAGCUAAUGACCGUUUACAUACAAAUAAUAGAAGAAUUGAAAAAAUGUUAUAA